AUGGAUUGCGUAUCAGACGAGCCAGAAAACAAAAAGAUGCGUCGAAUGGAUUCAGAAUCGCCUCGAUAUGCACCAACUUCUCCGGAAUAUUCACCAGAAUCGCCGCGAGUCGAAGGCAUAUCACCGCAUUAUUUUUCAAGUUCCCCGGCUGGAAUAGAAACUCCACCGCGGUCGUCGAAUGUGAGUUUUAUUUCCGGUAGAUUUUUGAAAGUCUUGAGAAACUUUUUUUCAAAUUGAUUUUUCACAUUUUCGAAAAUAAACUUUUUGUUUGAAUCUUGAAAAAUGUUGGAUUUAAUUUCAACCAUUUAAUUUUUCAGAACAAAGAACAAGAGAUAAUCACUUUGAACAGUGAUGAAGAGGAAGAAGAAAUUGAAGAUGAACAAAAUGUUUACGAAAUGGAUCAAAUUUGCGAUGUUCGGUUGAUAAAUAGGCAACUACAAUUCAAAAUAGCUUGGGUUUCAUCAAUCGAAACAACAUGGGAACCGGAGAGCUCCUUUAUAGGAGUUGAAUCCAAACAAAUGCUCAUAGUUUUCAAGAGAGAAAACAAAAAUAGAAUAGAUUCAUUUUGGGCUGAAGCAGAGAAACGGAAAAAUCAUUUGACUGUAGUUGAUUUAGAAAAUGAAAAAUGAAAAUUCAAAGAAGGUAAGAAUUUUGUGAUUUAUAAAAAAAAAGCUGAAAUUUUUUUGCAGUAUUCUCCAACAUCUUCACAAUAUUCGUAA